UCCGGGAUCUGGCGGGGCCUUCGUCUCUCCUGCCAGCCCCAGCUGGGUCGUCUUCUGUGCUCGGCGUGGUCCGCUCGGGGAAGCGUAGGUGGCCGCCACAGCCUCUUGCCUUGUGACCUGCAGGUAUCCGGAGAUCCGUAGCUAAGAAGCCUGGACACCCGGGAAGCUGGGAAAUGACAUAUUCUCAAAUGCAGGUGUGAUUUGUCCAGAUAAUCUCACCUGAGAAGGAAUCCCAGAGAAGAAGGAAGAAGAGGAAGCAAUGGCUGGUUCUCAGGGACUGUUGAUAUUCAGGGAUGUGGCCAUAGAAUUCUCUCCAGAGGAGUGGAGCUAUCUGGACCCUGCUCAGCAGAAUCUGUAUAGGGACGUGAUGUUCGAAAACUACAGAAACCUGGUCUCCCUGGGUAUUGCUGUCGCUAAGCCAGACCUGAUCACCUGUCUAGAGCAAAGGAAUGAGCCCUGGAAUGUGAAGAAACAUGAGACAGUAGCCAGACACCCAGCUGUUUCUUCUCAUUUCACCCAAGACCUCUUGCCAGAGCAUGGUAUAAAAGAUUCAUUUCAAAAAGUGAUACUGAGAAGUUAUGGAAGCUGUGGCAUUGAGAAUUUACACUUAAAGAAAGAUUGGGAAAGUGUGGGUGAAUCUAAGGUGCAGAAAGAAUGUUAUAAUGGACUUAACCAAUCUUUAUCAACUACCCAUACCAAAAUCUUUCAAUUUAAUAAAUGUGUGAAAGUCUUUAGUAAAUCAUCAAAUUUAAAUAGACAUAAGACAAGACAUACUGGAGAGAUAUCUUCCAACUGUAAAGAAUGUGACAAUUCCUUUUACAUAUCCUCAUUUCUAACUCCACUUCAGAGAAUCCACACUGCAGAGAAAUCCUACAAGUGUAAACAAUGCGGGAAAGCCUUUAAGCACUGCUCAUGCUUUCUUGAACAUAAGACAAUUCAUAAUGAAGAGAAACAUUACAGAUGUAAAGAAUGUGGAAAAGUCUUUAAAUCCUUCACAGGCCUUUCUAAUCACAUUAUAAUUCAUACUGGAGAGAAACUCUAUAAAUGUGAAGAAUGUGGCAAAGCUUUUAACCACAGUUCAAACCAUGCCAAACAUAAGAAAAUUCACACUGGACAGAAACCCCAUAAAUGUGAAGAAUGUGGCAAAGCCUUUAACUGGUUCUCAUACCUAACUCUACAUAAAAGAAUUCAUACCGGAGAGAAACCCUACAAAUGUGAUGAAUGUGGCAAAGCCUUUAACCAGUGUUCAAACCUCACUAAACAUAAGAGAAUUCAUACUGGAGAGAAACCCUACAAAUGUGAAGAAUGUGGCAAAGCUUUUAACCGGUGCUCACACCUUACUGAACAUAAAAGAAUUCAUACUGGAGAGAAGCCCUAUAAAUGUGAAGAAUGUGGUAAAGUCUUUAUAUCUUGUUCAAGCCUUUCAAACCAUAAGAGAAUUCAUACAAGAGAAAAAUGCUACAAAUCUGAAGAAUGUGGCAAAACCUUUAACCACUGCUCAGACUUUAUUGUACCUGAGAAAAUUCAUACCUGAGAAAAAUCCUACAAAUGUAAAAAAUGUGGCAAAGCCUUUAAUACCUGCUCAUGUCUCACUCAGGACCAGAGUUCAUAUUGAACUAAAGAAUUAUAAAUAUAGUGACUGUCAAAACACCUUUCACAGAAAAAAAUAAUUUUACCACAGAUUAAUUUGUUCAUUAAUGGAACUUUAAUUCUGUGGUAUUUUUUUUUUUUGGGCUACAUAAAUCUGUCCUUAUGCCAGUACUAUAUUGUUUAAUUACUGUAACAUUGUAGUAAGAAUUUAUAUCAGGAGUAUAAGUUACUGAAUUUUGUUAUUAUUUUUCAGAAUUCUUGUGUGUUUGAUUUUCUUUACAUGUUUAUAUGAAUUUUAGGAAGAGCUUUUCAAUUUAUAUUAAAGAAAAGCUACAUUGGAAUUUGCAUUGAAUCUGUAGAUAAAUUUGUUGGGUAUUUUGAUCUUCAUAUUCAGUAUUGUUAUAUUUGAAUAUUGAGUAUAUCUCAGUUUAUUCAGCUCUUUCAUUUCUUUCAGCAUUUUAAAUAAUUUUCAGUGUAUAGUAUGUGCAGUUAUUUUGUUAAGUUCAUUUCUAAUUUUUUUUUCUAGGAUACUAUUAAUGAAAUUUUAACUUAAUUCUUAUUUUGUUUAUUCCUAUAAUAUAAAAGUACUAUCUAACCUUGUAUGUUGAUCUUGUGGCAUUGAUGAACUUCUUUAUUAGCUCAAGUAGGUUUUUAUUUAUUAUUUUAUUUUAUUUUAUUUUUUAUUUUUUUCUGAGACAGAGUCUCACUCUGUCACCUAGGCUGGAGUGCAGUGGCCGGAUCUCAGCUCACUGCAAGCUCUGCCUCCUGGUUUCACGCCAUUCUCCUGCCUCAGCCUCCCGAGUAGCUGGGACUACAGGUGCCUGCCACCGCGCCCGGCUAAUUUUUUGUAUUUUUAGUAGAGACAGGGUUUCGCCAUAUUAGCCAGGAUGGUCUCGAUCUCCUAACCUUAUGAUCCGCCCACCUCGGCCUCCUAAAGUGCUGGGAUUACAGGCAUGAGUCACCGUGCCCAGCCUCAAGUACGUUUUUAAUGAAUUUCUUAUACUUUUAAAAUACAACAUUAUGGCAAUAAAAGACUAUUCCACUUCUUUUCUAAUCUGGAGAAUUGUAUUGAUUUUUCUAGUAUAAUUUUCUGGCUCAUACCACCAGUACAAUGGUGAAUAGUGGUAAAAGUAGAAAUUCUCCUCCUGUUUUCAAACUUGCAGAUAAAGCCCCUAGUCAUUCACCAUUAAGUAUAUUAGCUUUCGGUGUGGAGUUUUUCAUCUUGGCUCACUGCAGCCUCAACCUCUUAAGCUCAAGUGAUCCUCCCACCUUAACUGCCUGAGUAGUUGGGACAAUAGGAUGCACCACCAUGCCCAGAUAAUUUUUUUUUUUAAUAUUUUGUAAAGAUGGGGUCUCCCUAUAUUGUCCAAAAUCAUCUUGAACUCCUGGCUUGAUGCAGUCUUUCCACCUCAGCCUCCCAAAGUUCUGGGUUACAGAUGUGAGCCACUGCGCCUGGCCAAUUUUGGCUUUUCAUAGAGGCCUUUAGCAGGUCUCAAAAGUUUUCUUCUAAUAGUUUUCUUGGUGUUCUAUCAUUCAUAGGUGUUGAAUUUAUCAAACUUUUUCUAUUUAAAUUAUUACAUUUUUACUUUGUUCAAGUAAUAUUGUAUCAUAUUAAACCAACAUUGCAUUGUGAAAAUACCCUGCUUAGUCAUGGUAUGUAAUCAUUCUUAUACCUUUUUGUAUUCAUUGUUUUAAUAUUUCUGAGAAUUUCUGUGUCUAAAUUUAAAUAGGAUGUUAUUUCCUAGUCAUCUUGUGAUUCUUUUGUCUCAUUUGGGUAUUAGGGUAUUACUGGCUAAUAGAUGAAUUAAGAAAUGUUACCUCUUCUACUGCUUGAAGUUUUUGUGAGAAAUUGAUGUUUUUCAUUAAGUGUUGAUGAAAUGUACAACUUAAGCAUUUUAUAACAGCUAUUCUAUCUAAAAAGAUUUAAUUUUUUAUAUGGAUGUAAGUAUAUUCUAUUCUAUAUAUAUAAUGAAACAAUUCAUAGGAUGUUUUUUCAGUUUACUUUUGUAAUCCAUCUCUGUCAGUAUUUUUUAUUUCAUAGUAUCUCAUGAACAGUUAUUCUAGGCACUUGACAUGGAAUAAUUUGAAAAAAUAGAGAAUGAGUCCUGUACUACAAUCAAUAAAUAACUCAAAAUUUUCUCCAUUUUUAGGAUGAAGAAUAUGAAUAUAGUUGUUACAUAAUAUUUGUGUUUACUGUGUGAGAGAAAUGUGUUACUGAAUGUAAAAAUAAUUAGUAAAACUGCCCUUUGAUUUUGGAAUGUAUGAAGCAGGCAAAUGCCCUACCUUCUAUUUUUAUCAAUAUUUAGAUAAGACAGGAAAAUAAAUUUUAAUAAGAUACAGAAUAAUCUUGUAUUUGAAGAAUGCUAUGAGAAAAGAUAGUUUGGAGGAGUAGUUAGUAUUUGGCUCAUAUAAUGUGUUAGGUACUAUUCUAAGCCAUUAAACAUUUGUGUGCUUAAUACCUAAGAGUUUAAAGUGAAGAAAUCAAAGAUUCAUUGAAAAAGAAAAAUUAAAUUUUAAAAAAAUUGUAUUUUUAAUUGAAAAAUAAUAGUUGUAUAUAUCUGUCUACAGUGUAAUAUUUUGAUAUAUGUUUAUGUUGUAAAAUGAUUAAAUCACGUUAAUGUUUAUAACCUCA